CAUCCUCCGCAAGGCGGGGGAGGUGGCAUGGGGCAGCCAUCUCGAUCUCGUCUCCAGUGUCCCCACGGCUGCGGGCAGCCGUCUUCACUGCUAUUAUUCGCUGGCUGUCGGCAGUUCUCUCCUGUGCAGUUCUGUGGUGCCCGGUGGCGGUUGCACCCUCCGCAAGGCGGCGGCGGUGGCAUGGGGCGGCCAUCUCGAUCUCCGCUCCAUGGCUCCGGUGGGCAGCCAUCUCCAGCGCAGUUCUUCGGUGGCUGUGGGCAGUUCUCUCCUGUGCAGUUGCUCGGAGGCUGGUGGCGGUUACGUCCUCCGCAAGGCGGAGGCGGAGGCGGUGGCAUGGGGCAGCCAUCUCGAUCUGCGCUCCAGCGGCUCCAUGGCUCAGGCGGGCAGCCAACUCCAGUGCAAUUCUUCGGUGGCUGUGGGCAGUUCUCUCCUCUGCAGUUGCUCGGUGUCUGGUGGUGGUUGUGUCCUCCGCAAGGCAGCGGCGGUGGCAUGGAGCCGUUAGCUCCACCGCCUGUGCGCGGCUCUGGCGGCUUGGGGCAAUCGUCUCCGGUGCAAUUUCUCGGUGGCUUGCGGCAGCUGUCUCCUGUGCAGUUCCUCCGUUGCCUGGGACAAUUAUCACCAGUGCAAUUCCUCCAUGGCUUGGUGCAGUUUCCCCGUGUGCACGACUCCGGCGGCUUGGAGCAGUCUGCAUCGUCGCCGCCAUAGCCGUUAUGACUGCAGUCCUUGAGCUGCCUCGUUGCCGGCGAUGGACGUCCAUACACACCGGCCAACAGGGCCAGCAGGACAAGGCAAACUAGACCGAC